AUGUCGAGCGAAUCGUCCUUGCCGCAGCCAGUGAAGAACGUGGUUGUCGACACUACUGCCCUUCCUGCGUCUUCCUCUGCGUCGGUAUGGGACCGUAUCUCGAAAUGGGUGUCGGAGAAUAAGGCUCUGGUCUAUACCAUUGCUGGUGUGGCUGUCGUCGUGACCAGCGCGGGUGUCGUAUACUAUCUGUCCGAUUCGGGUCGGACUACCCAAGUUACUCCCCCGACGGAAAAGAAGAAGAGCAAGAACCAGCGUCGAAAGGAAAAGAAGAAGGCGGAGGAAGAGAAGAAGGCGAAGACCGCUUCCGUCCAGGAAGAACAAGCUCCCAAGAAAGCCGAAGAGGCGUCUGAGGAGCUGCCUGAGGUUGAUGAGGCUACUAUUGAUCAGCUGUCGGACGAGACACGGAGGGCAUAUGCCGCCAAGCUCAAGGCCGCCGGUAACAAGGCGUAUGGCUCCAAGGAUUACAACAGCGCCAUCGAACUCUACGGAAAGGCCAUCAUCUGCAAACCCGACCCUGUCUUCUACUCGAACCGCGCCGCCUGCUACAAUGUGCUGUCGGACUGGGAAAAGGUCAUCAAGGACACCAGCGCUGCACUGGCGAUGGACAGCGAGUAUGUGAAGGCCUUGAACCGAAGAGCCAUUGCAUACGAGCACCUCGAGAAGUUCGGAGAAGCUCUUCUCGACUUCACAGCCAGCUGCAUCAUCGAUGGAUUCUCCAGUGAGCUCAGCCGCAACUCGUUGGAGAGACUCCUGAAGAAGGUCGCCGAGAAGAAGGCCAAGGCGAUCCUGGAAGCUAAGGGCCGGAAGCUUCCCAGUGCCACAUUCGUUUCGAACUACCUGCAGAGCUUCCGUCCCCAGUCUCUCCCCGAGGGUCUCGAAGAGUCUGCCGACUUGAGUGACGAAUCCGGCAAGGGCCAGCUGCGCAAGGGUCUGAUCGCCAUGUCGAAGAAGACCGGUGACGGCUAUGAGGAGGCUGCCGCCGCUUUCGAGAAGGCGUUGGAGCUCGGCGACUUGGGUGAAUACGAAGCGCUGGCCCUCAACAUGAGAGCCACCUUCACGUAUCUGGCCGGUAACGCUCAGUCGGCUCUGGCUGAUCUCAACAAGAGUAUCGAACUGCAGCCCUCGUUAGUGCAGAGCUACAUCAAGCGUGCCAGCUUGCACCUUGAGCUCGGAAACAAGGAUGCUGCGGCCGAUGAUUUCGAACUUGCCAUCACUCACAACAAGGAUGACCCCGACAUCUACUAUCACCGUGCUCAGCUCCACUUCAUUCUUGGAGAAUUCGCCGAAGCUGCCAAGGACUACCAGAAGUCGAUCGACCUCGACCGAACUUUCAUUUUCUCUCACAUCCAACUCGGUGUGACACAGUACAAGAUGGGCUCCGUGGCCUCUGCCAUGGCUACCUUCCGUCGCUCCGUGAAGAACUUCGAGGAUGUGCCCGACGUCUACAACUACUACGGUGAACUCCUCCUGGAUCAGCAGAACUUCUCCGAGGCUAUCGAGAAGUUCGACAAGGCUGUUGAGAUGGAGAAGCAGAGCAAGCCUAUGGGUAUUAACGUCCUGCCCCUGAUCAACAAGGCUCUUGCUCUCUUCCAGUGGAAGCACGACUUCCAGGAGGCUGAGAACCUCUGCCAGAAGGCCCUCAUCAUUGAUCCCGAAUGUGAUAUCGCCGUCGGAACUAUGGCCCAGCUUCUUCUGCAGCAGGGCAAGGUCUCGCAGGCCCUCAAGUACUUCGAGCGGGCCGCUGAGCUUGCCCGUACCGAGGGUGAGAUUGUCAACGCCAUCUCAUAUGCUGAGGCCACCCGCACACAGUUGGAAGUCCAGGAGAAGUACCCCCAGCUUGCCGCUCGCCUGCAAGGCAUGGGUGGCGGCUUGGGCGGACCUCCUGGUCUGUAA